AUGUGUGGCAUUUUCGGAUACAUUAAUUACCUCGUUGAGAGGGACCGCAAAUAUAUCCUUGAUACUUUGCUCAAUGGUCUAUCGAGACUUGAAUACCGUGGAUACGACUCUGCGGGACUUGCAAUCGAUGGUGACAAGAAGAAUGAAGUCUGUGCCUUUAAAGAGGUUGGCAAGGUUGCAAAGUUGAAAGAGCUUAUCGAAGAGUCGAAACCCGACCUUACUAAGACCUUUGAAUCUCAUGCUGGUAUCUCUCAUACACGCUGGGCCACCCACGGAACACCAUCUCGUCAGAACUGCCACCCACAUAGGUCCGACUUGAACUGGGAGUUCGCUGUCGUUCACAAUGGUAUCAUCACCAACUACAAGGAGCUUAAAGCUCUACUGGAGAGUAAAGGCUUCCGGUUUGAAACAGAGACAGACACUGAGUGUAUCGCCAAGCUCACGAAAUAUCUUUACGACCAACAGCCAGACAUCGAGUUUACAGUACUGGCCAAGGCUGUUGUUAAGGAGCUUGAGGGUGCCUUUGGUCUUCUCAUCAAAUCCGUGCACUACCCUCAUGAAGUGAUCGCUGCCCGUAAAGGGUCUCCCUUGGUCAUCGGUGUCCGCACAUCCAAGAAAAUGAAGGUUGAUUUCGUGGACGUCGAGUUCUCCGAAGACGGUGCCCUUCCGGCUGAGCAGGCUUCUCAGAACGUAGCCAUCAAAAAGUCCGCCACCGGGCUCCUCGCUCCCCCUGACAAGUCCCUCCUGCAUCGUUCUCAGUCUCGUGCUUUCCUGUCUGAUGAUGGUGUCCCCCAGCCGGCAGAAUUUUUCCUUUCUUCCGACCCAUCGGCGAUUGUCGAACAUACGAAGAAGGUCCUUUACCUUGAGGAUGAUGAUAUAGCUCAUAUCCACGAGGGCCAGCUAAACAUUCACCGUCUGACCAAAGAUGAUGGAACCUCCAAUGUCCGCGCCAUUCAGACAAUCGAACUCGAGUUGCAGGAGAUCAUGAAAGGAAAAUUUGACCAUUUCAUGCAAAAGGAGAUUUUUGAGCAACCAGAAUCCGUGGUCAACACCAUGAGAGGUAGACUGGAUGUUGCGAACAAGCAGGUCACGCUCGGCGGGCUUCGACAGUACAUUUCUACCAUUCGGCGGUGCAGAAGAAUCAUCUUCGUUGCUUGCGGAACGAGCUACCAUUCGUGUAUGGCUGUGCGUGGAGUUUUCGAAGAGCUUACUGAGAUUCCUAUCUCCGUUGAGCUUGCCUCCGAUUUUCUAGACAGACAGGCGCCUAUUUUCCGCGAUGACACGUGUGUCUUUGUUUCCCAAUCUGGAGAGACUGCGGAUUCACUUAUGGCACUUCGGUAUUGUCUCGAAAGAGGUGCCUUGACUGUGGGUAUUGUGAAUGUUGUGGGUUCCUCUAUCUCGCUCUUGACCCAUUGCGGUGUUCACAUCAAUGCGGGUCCUGAGAUCGGCGUUGCUUCAACCAAGGCUUAUACCUCACAAUUCGUGGCCAUGGUCAUGUUUGCCCUUUCGUUGAGCGAAGACCGCGCUUCCAAGCAAAAGAGACGCGAAGAGAUCAUGGAGGGACUUUCCAAGAUCUCCGACCAGUUCAGAGAGAUCCUGAAACUUAACGAGCCUAUCAAGCAAAUGUGCGAAAAGUUUUUCAAGGACCAGAAGAGUUUGCUUCUGCUUGGUAGAGGUGGCCAAUUUCCUACGGCCCUUGAAGGCGCGUUGAAAAUCAAGGAAAUCUCCUACCUCCACUGCGAAGCUGUCAUGUCGGGUGAAUUGAAGCACGGUGUUCUUGCUUUAGUCGACGAGAACCUGCCAAUCAUCAUGAUUCUCACCAGGGACAACAUCUUCAUCAAGUCUUUGAAUGCUUACCAGCAAGUUAUCGCCCGUGGAGGUCGCCCUAUUGUCAUCUGCAACCACGAUGAUCCGGAGUUUUCUUCAGCUCAGACGGAGAAGAUUGAAGUCCCUAAGACAGUCGACUGUCUCCAAGGGCUUAUCAAUGUCAUCCCCCUUCAGCUAAUCGCUUAUUGGCUUGCGGUCACAGAGGGUUUGAAUGUUGAUUUCCCUCGGAACCUGGCCAAAUCGGUGACCGUCGAGUAG